AUGCCUCUUAAAAGAAAAUAUGAAUCUGGACAUGCUAAACGUUUAAAGAAGAAAAAGGGUGAUGAGUUAGCUAAGUCUUUAGUGGGAAGCAUGGAUAGGUACGUUACUAGAAAAGCACAAGGCCUGGGUGAAACAUCAGUGAAUGAUGAGCCUAAAGAGGCUGAUGAGAACGUUGAUAUAGAAGUCAACUUGGAAGAGCACAUUGAUGGGGAAAAUCAAACUGAUGCCAAUGAAGUUGUAGAUGAUCAUUUGGGUCAAAAUGAAAGUGAGGAUGAUGCUGAAAAUAAUGAUAAUGUGAAUGCUCCGAAUGUGACUCCUGUGAAUAUUUUUGAUCCAAGAAAUUGGGAUAGCUUGGAUAAAAAUUUGAUAGACUUGUUGGUAGAAAAGGGUCAUGUGAGGGAUUUGUCAAUUGAGCAUGGUCCUCCAGACAAGUUUGGUAGACAUUUCAGCUCAAAAUUUUACACUAGGUUUGUAGGAAAUGGAGAGAAGUAUGAUAGAGAGUGGCUAGUAUACUCAAAGGAACUUGACAAGGUUUUCUGUUUUUGUUGCAAGUUGUUCAAAAGAGGGCCAAUGCGAGGGCAGCUGCCGAAUGAUGGUUAUAAUGAUUGGGGUCAUCUUGGUAGAAGGCUUAAAGAGCAUGAAAUGAGCAAUGAUCAUCUCGUCAAUGCAAGUUCUUGGACUGAUUUGCGUCUUAGAUUGCAGAGGCUUGAAACCAUUGAUAAAGCUUUUCAAGACCAGAUUAGGUUAGAGAAAAAACAUUGGAGGAAUGUGCUAAAAAGAGUUAUUGCAUUUGUGAAAUUUCUUGCUAAACAUAACUUAGCAUUCCGUGGAACUAAUGAGAGGCUGUAUCAACCCAAUAAUGGACUUUUUUUAGGCCUAGUUGAGAUGACUACAGACUUUGAUGAAGUGAUGGAGGAGCAUUGUCGGCGCAUAAAUAGUUCUGAAAUUCAUCAUCACUAUCUUGGCCAUAACAUUCAAAAUGAGCUGUUGCAUAUGAUAAGUGUUGAAAUCAAAGCUGAGAUCAUUAAAAAAAUUAAAGAUGCUCAAUACUUCUCUGUGAUUCUUGAUUGCACACCAGAUAUUAGUCACCAGGAGCAAAUGUCAUUGAUACUUCGAUGUGUGAAUGUUUCAACAAGUCCAAUACAGGUUGAAGAAUUCUUUUUGGAAUUUUUAAAUGUACAUGACACAUCUGGUCAAGGACUUUUUGAAGAAUUAGUAGCAGUGAUACAAUCAUUAGAUCUUGAUAUUAGCAAUGUGAGAGGACAAGGAUAUGACAAUGGGUCAAACAUGAAAGGCAAGCAUCAAGGAGUACAAAAGAAAUUGUUAGAUGUCAAUCCUAGAGCAUUUUACACCCCUUGUGGUUGUCAUUGUCUGAACUUAACUCUUUGUGACUUGGCGAAGUCUUGUGAGAAAGCACUGGAUUUUUUUGGAGUCUUGCAACGUCUUUAUACCUUAUUUGCAGGUUCUACAAAGAGAUGGCAAAUUCUGAAUGACAAUGUGAAAGGAUUCACUCUCAAAUCAUUAUCCACUACACGAUGGGAGAGCCGUAUUGGGAGUAUUAAGCCUCUUCGAUUCAAUGCUGCUGAAGUAAGAGAAGCAUUAUUGCAAUUGGCAGAAAGUGACAAGGAUCCUAUAACUAAAAGUGGUGCAAAGUCAAUAGCAACUAAUGAUCUGGGAGACUUUGAGUUUUUGUUAAGCAUGGUGAUUUGGUAUGAGAUAUUAUUUGCUUUCAAUAAAGUUAGCAAAAUGCUACAAUCUCAAGACAUGCACAUCAGCGUUGCAAUUGGUGAAGUAAAGGGUUUAAUUGCUUGGCUUGAUAAGUUCAGAGAAACUGGCUUCACAGAUGCGAUCAUUACAACUAAAGAAAUUGCUGCUACAUUGAAUGUUGAACCUGUUUUUCCUGUAAGGCGCCCAAUUCAGAGAAAAAGAUUUUUUGAUGAAAGCAACAGUGGGUCAAUACCAUCAUCUUCAGGUGAGGAAUCUUUCAGAAUGCAUUAUUUCUUAUAUAUCGUGGAUCAAGCUAAGGGAUCAUUGAAAAGAAGGUUUGAACAAUAUAAAUAUUAUGAUGAUAUCUUUGGAUUUUUGUUCACUUCUGAAGCUUUGAAUUCCUUGAAUGAUAAUGAUUUAAGAGCUGCUUGUAUGAAUCUUGAGAAUGUUUUGAGACUUGGAGAGAGUUCAGAUGUUGAUGGAGAAGACAUGUUUAGAGAGAUAAAACUCUUAAGGGAGAUAUUGCCUAAAGAGAAGAUGAUAGCUACUGAUAUAUUGAAUUUCUUACAAGAAAGAAAUUCUUAUCCUGUAGUUAGACUUGCAUAUCGAAUAUUGUUAACUGUGCCUGUGACUGUUGCUUCAGCUGAGAGGAGUUUUUCCAAGUUAAAAUUAUUGAAGUCUUAUUUGCGAUCAACAAUGUCUCAAGAAAGAUUGAAUGGACUUGCUAUGAUUUCUAUUGAGAAUGAUUUUCUUGGAAAAAUCAAUUGUGAUAAGCUAAUUGAUGAGUUUGCAGCCAAGAAGGCAAGGAGAAUGAUAUUCAAGGCCUCUUUUGAAAUUUUGCACAGGGCCUUCAAAAUCUCUAAGACGGCUCUGCCUGACACCGGCAGUGCAUUGUUCGUAUCAGAUCCUAAGAAAUCAGCCAGAGGACAUGAGCUUUCCCACACAGCAACAGGAAGAUUCAUGUUCAGUAAAGGCCGAGGCAAACAGCAUGUCUGUAAGAAACACCCAUUAGUCAGAAAAACUUUAGGUGGCAUUGCAGAUGCCAAGGCGCCAACUCCUUCAAGCUUCAGUAAUCGGUAUAUUUCUACAAAGUUGUAA